CAGUAACUACCCAUAGUCCCAUACUCCUAAUGCUUUCUGUGCACCAUGAUCACGCAGGCUCAGUGGCGAACCUAACCUCGUAACACCUUCACUGCUUACAUGCUCUCUCCUGUAAACUAGGUUCUUCUUCGGUUGACCACUCUCUGAAUUGGGAACUCGAAUAUAGUAACAAAUCAAACAAGCUGACGACAGGACGCUGAAAGCUUGUUGAUGGAGAAAUUGUGUUAGCUCCAUUUAUAUUUUUAAGUGCUGCCAGUUGGAUGCAAUGUGGUAACACAAAAAAUCCAUAUAAUUAUCUUCUGGGUCUUGAGACGUCACAGGUUUUAUAACCGCCAUAGCAACUGCAGUAACGCCGCGUUAGUACGAUAGGACAUCGACAGUAAGGCGAUAACGGUACUUGGAGGACACCGAGUUAUGUGACUGAGGAACGGUCUAUUGUCCACAUAAAAAGAAAAGAAAAAAGUUGUGGAAGAAGGCUUUAGUAGUUCUGUGUAUGCCACGUGAUCGCGAUCUUCUAAUAAAUUAAUAAUAAUAAUAAAUCAUGAAACUACUACUUACGUUGAGCCUUUUAUGCUGUUUGAAUGUUCUGACAUACGCAGAGUCAAUUUACGAGGCACUUGAAAAUGAUUCAAAUUUUUCUAGGUUUGUUGAACUGGCCAAUGCAGACGAGCUUGUCCAAGUUCUAUUAAGGAAACGCCGGGUGACAGUUUUCGCUCCCACGGAUGACGUAUUUGCUCGAUCACGUCAGUUUACACCAGAAGACCUGAAGAGACUGCCGACAUGUCACGUGGUGAAUAUGGUAGUAACAAAAGACAUAUUUCCUGGCUCUGUGUACCCGAUUUCUCAGGAGAAUGCUCCCCUAUAUUUUAACAUAAAAGAAAGCUUUGAAGGAGACGAGAAGGAGUAUUUUGUCAACAAUGCCAAGAUCGUGGAAGAGAGAGACUUUACGGUUGCCGACGGUAAACAAAAACUGUACGUAAUAGACGAGGUCCUGGAGCCCUACAGAUCAACAGAGUAUCACCCACAUGAUGCUUGGGAAUUUCUCAAAAAUCCAAGUCUGUACAACAUCAAAGAAGAACUAAGGUUACGAAAUGGUAUCACGCAUAGAACAAGAGAAGGAAGAGAAUCUUUUUACCAAAGUUGGAAAUCACACUUAUUUUAUACAAUGAAAAAUGAUAGAGAAUGGUUUAACUUUUUUAAAUAUUCUAGCGAAAUGGUAUCACGCAUAGAACAAGAGAAGGAAGAGAAUCUUUUUACCAAAGUUGGAAAUCACACUUAUUUUAUACCAGUUGAUCAGGAAAAUGGUCCAGAUGGUAGCAAGUUCAGACGUAUUGACAAAGCUGUGAUCAAGGGUCAUAUCAUUCCUCAACACGUCUUGUUUACUCGAACGGCAGGGAGUGAGGCCUACAUAUCUAGUAACUCUCAAGUGGAGAUUAAACUUUUCAACCAGACCACCUCUUCGACAAAUGUUCAAACAAUGUAUGUUCGAAGCAACACCCUACAGGAUAGCCAGGAUCAUGAAAAAGGAGUAGUCCUGUCCAGAAUUGUUCGAGCUAAUAUACCAUUAAAGAAUGGGGUGGUCCAUUUGAUCCAGGAUCCUCUUAUGAUCAUCGACACGAACAUCGAGGAAUUUAUUCAGAGUGAAUCUAAUGGAAAACUCUCAGAAUAUAUGAAGCUAGUUCAGGAAGCAUUACCUGAAUUUCAGCAGGAACUACAAAGUGAAAGAAAAAAAACGGUCUUUGCGCCUACGAAUGAAGCGAUUCUACGCCUGGCACCAGAAAAACUGGCGAAUUUGAAGAAAAAUAAAACAGAACUUACAAAGUUACUCAGACUCCAUAUGGUCAUGAAAUCUGUAUCCACUGACGACGUAUGGCAGGGGCGUAUUUAUGACGUAAUUACUGCAGAUAAGCAACGUAACAUGUAUUUUCGUGCUGUUGGUGACCGAAAGAAUAAAACUUUAACACUUGAGGCUGGUGGAGUCAACGCCACCGCUGUAGAGGCUGAUAUAGGAGCCACCAAUGGCAUCGUUCAUGUGAUUGACCGGAUGUUAGGCCUACCAUAUCAAACUGUCAUGGAGAAACUCUCUUCAGAGCCAUAUUUACGGCAAACAUUUGAGAUGGGACGUUAUGAUGACUGGAACUUAAAGUUAAACAACAGAAAUAAACGUUUCACUUUCUUUGCGCCGAGUCAACGAGCAUGGGAUGAUCUCAAAAAUGAAAUGCCCACUGAGUAUAAGCAGAUGUCUAUGGAUUUAUACAGCUACCACGUGCAGAAGAUUUUAGAUAGACACCUGAUUGUUGGUAAAGAAAUAUCUGCUCAAGAGCUGGAAGCUAAAGACAACAUCCAGAUGGUUCGUGGAGUUAUCAAUGUGAAAAGGGGUUUAGGCACAGCUGUCUUAUCUGUAGAAUGGGAAGGUAUUCAAGCAGUCAUCAUCCGCCCAGAUGUACAAGCAACUAAUGGUGUCAUUCACGUGAUCGACCGUAUCCUCAUGAAACGUCGCGAUAUGAUGCGGACAGGGGGCGCUUCUUCUAACUCUCCUUCUAUUUUGGCAAGUCUUCUUAUUGUAGUGUUGGCGUUGCUGUUCCGUUUGUAAGAUGUACUGGUUUCCCCACUUCUUCCUUGUACUUGGCUACGUCAGCGGUAUGGGCCUAUUUUACUCAAAUAUAGAAUACUAGUCUCUACGGUUGUAUGGUCCCCGAUUGCAUUUGUGGGAUUUGUUUU